AUGGCCGACAGCAGUGGCUCUUCGUCUUUUUCUUCAGCGACGCCAGGUCCGCAGUCAUCCAUCGAUGAAUUAGUCUUUGGAUUAUUGGAAAACCCUCAUUUUCAAGACGUGCUCGAAAGAACGACUAGAAGAACGCAUCGAAGCCCUUCCCUACAAGCAAACCAACCGGCAACCGGGAGCACGACAUCACGGCCUGUGUUUCAGACGCCUGUGGUAGAAUUUCGGUCUCUUUUUAGGGCCGGAACCUCAUCAUCACAGGGCCAGAAUACUUCAAUGCCUAGAUUUAGGCGUUUCUAUCAACGACCAAGAGGACGAGCCUAUGCGAGCCGGACACGAUCUCACACCGCAACGUCUGCAACAUCGACAAAUGCGAGUACAAGAGUUGACAAGCAGACACCGUUCUGCAGGGAGGUGGUACUGCUUAACAGCCCACAUGAUCAAACCGUACUUAGGGGAAGUCGCAAAGCAAGUUUACACCGGACUGGAAAUGUCCUGAGUGCCUUCCAAUUCAGCAGAGGCUGGUCGGCUGAAGAAGUUUACAGUAAUCUUGAGGGCGCCUUUCCUCAACUGGUCAACAUUCAAGAGGAGCCCGAGGAAGUCAUUGAAUCAUAUACAGUAUUUUACUUCUAACAAGUAAUCGAGUUUUCUUUUAGCUGGGUGUCAAAAUCUUGAUCAUCAUAGAAUAAUUUUGUCGACUGUCAUCUUUAAUAUAAAUUAUUGAUGUAUUAUUUUUAUAUAAACUGAACUCUCAUUUUUCAUAAUUAGGAGAAAAGUGCAUUUCCGCAUCUAGUGGAGUUUGAACAUUGCACACAGUAGCUUCCGUAACAUGGUAGUUGUAAAUAUUUCCAACUUUGGUUAAGGAGGUAUAUAUGUUAUUUGCAGGCUGGGAGGUCUGUAUGGGGGAGGCUUAAGGGGGGUACGAACACUGCAAAACCGCACAGAAUAACAUGGAAAACCGCAAACUGCAUUGAAAUUACCCAAAAAUUUCUAAAUACCACAAACCGCUUGGUUUAGCAACUUAAAAUAAAAACUUCCACAAAACCACACCAAAAAUUGAGCAAAACCGCAUCACUGCAAACCCUUAUGCCCCCCAUGUAUAGGGAAAAACCUGCACCCGAAAUCUUGAAAAUGCUAAAAAUGGCAGGCUGACAGCAGCUUUUCCAAGACCUCAGUCACAGUUUUUUGCUGUACCGACCAACCCAUUAAUUUUUUUUUAUUAAUUUUUUCACCUCUCUCUCUCUCUCUCUCUCUCUCUCUCUGAAAUCACUUUGUAAUAAUUGUUGACUUGCUUAGCGCUUGAUAGCGAAUGCAGUAAGCACCUUUCAAAGUGAAUGUUUCAAAGAGAAAUAUUUUUAUUUGACUGUGUUUUCCAAUCUGUUUUGAAACUAACUUUUGUACAUAAACGGAUCAAUGUAAAAAGAUGGAAAUUCAAGGUCAAGGACAAAAACUCUCAGAGUGUUCCCGUGCCCUUGGAAAAGAUAAAAUCUGGACCGUGCAAAGAAGCAAUGAGAUUGCAAGAUUCGAUAUCGUGUCCUCUUAAAAAUAUAAACAAGAAUAUUCUUUUGCAGUAUUUUUAUUUAUUCAAGGAAUACUUAAUAAUGCUCACAACAAGUAUUAUUGUUAUUAUUAUUAUUAUUAUUAUUAUUAUUAUUACAAAUGGGUUGGUUAUAUUUGAAUGCAAUAUAAAUUCAGAUUUUGCAUCAUCAACUGCAAUACCUGGAGAUGGCUGAUAAUUUACAUGUACUUGUCAUGUCUUUAUGUUUAGGUUCACGGUGAUGUUGGGAGUCGGUAG